AUGAACUGCACAAAUAGACAGAGAGUGAGGAAAGAUACUGAAGAGAACAUCAAAGGUGACAUAGACGCGAGCAUGGCCGAUAUGGCUGAGAUCAUAUGCGGUGAUGCCGCACACUAUGUGGUUUCUUAUAUUUUCUCCUUUGGGUCUAUUUUUGCAUUUCAACAUCUGUUGUCAAGGUUCUCCAUUGGAAGCCAUUACCCAAAAAGAUGUCAAAAAAUACAAGAGAAAAACAGUGGAAGAAGACAAAGCAAAAGAGAAGAAGAAGGAAGCCAUUUUGACAUAAAUCCAGUUUCAGUGAUGGAAGAUCUUCUAGAGAUUUCGUCGGCUUCCUCCUGUUUAUCUUCUUCCUCUUCUUCGCCUAACCUGGUACCGUUGCCUAUUGACAUGGAGCUUUGGCUGAUGGCUGAGGAAAGGACCCAAGAAAUAUUGUGUGCUAUUCAGCCCGCCCAUAUUUCUGACAGGAGUAGGCGAGAGAUUAUUGACUAUGUUCAGAAGCUAAUUAAAGGUUACUAUGGAAUUGAGGUGUUUUCAUUUGGCUCGGUGCCAUUGAAGACAUAUCUUCCAGAUGGAGAUAUUGAUUUGACUGUCCUCAGCCAUCAAAAUGUGGAGGAGGAUUUGGCAAGAGAUGUCUGCUGUAUUCUAGAAGGUGAAGAGCAGUGCUCUGAUUCCGAAGUAACGGAUGUCCACUAUAUUCAUGCGCAGGUUAAGAUUGUGAAAUGCACUAUCAAGAAUAUAUCAGUAGACAUCUCUUUCAAUCAAAUGGCUGGACUAUGUGCUUUAUGCUUUCUGGAGCAGGUUGACCAAAUUAUUGGGAAAGACCAUCUUUUCAAACGAAGUGUUAUCUUGAUUAAAGCCUGGUGCUAUUAUGAGAGCCGAAUUCUCGGUGCACAUCAUGGUUUGUUUUCAACAUAUGCAUUGGAAACACUGGUCUUGUAUAUCAUCAAUCGGUUUCACUCAUCACUUUGUGGUCCUUUAGCAGUCCUGUAUAAAUUUUUGGACUACUAUAGCACAUUUGAUUGGGAUAAUUAUUGUGUCACCGUUAGCGGACCUGUUCCCAUAUCUUUCCUUCCAGAAGUUGUGGCAGAGACAACUGAAAAUGAUAGAGACGAGCUAUUGCUUAGCCCAGAGUUUCUAAGGCACUGGAAGGAAGUAUAUUCUGUUCCAACAAGGGCUGUCCAGAAUAGGAGCCACGAUUUUCCCAUCAAGAAUCUAAACAUAGUGGAUCCUCUAAAAGACAACAACAACCUACGUCGAUGUGUGAGCAGAGGCAACUUUUACAGGAUAAAAUAUGCUCUUUCCUACGGUGCUCAAACUCUUGAAGAGAUCCUUAUGCUACCGGAUGAAAACAUGGGUCUAAGAAUUGAAAAUUUCUUUGUAACCACUUUGGAGAGGAAUGGGAAGGGACAAAGGUCGGAUGUGUCGGUUCCUGUCACUGCAUUUGGCUCUGGAAGAUCAGAAGCAUCUGAUUUAAGCGGAGAUUACGAUGGUUACUAUAAUAGUCUUGUGUAUGGCCAGUGGUAUCACGGUUAUACCUUACCUGCUUCUGCCCAGGCUACUACCCCUCCGAGAUCACCCUCUCGUGUUCCAAGCAGGAGCCCAUGGGAUUUCCUACGUCGCUUGGUUGGUUUCAGACGGAAUAACUUUUACCGAAGAAACAGAGAUUUAUAUGUCCCAAGACUGCCCUUUUCUCAUCCUUAUAUUUCCCAACUGCCAUCGGCGCCUUUUGGUUUUAAUGACACAGGGAAGUCGAGGGGAACAGGCACUUAUAUCCCCAAUAUGAGGCAUUGUUCUUACACAGAGAUGAAUGGGCAUUCAACUGCAAGGAAACCAGGAUCCACAUCUCAGUGUUCAAUGAUUCAUUGCCAUGAAAGGGCUUCUAGGACUGAGAAUCGACCAACAGCUGAUGGUGGAAACAGCAGCUACCUUGAAAUUCUUGCAGAACAGCACCCAGAUCUUGCAGUUAUAGAGAACACAGCACAACAAAUCAAUCAGCCUGAUCAAUCCGGGACGGAGUCUCCUGAGGCUGGGAAUUGCUCCUGCAGCUUAGAAAGUAUUAUCUUUGGGUCAUAUGAGCAUUCAUCAUCACUCUCGGAGGAGCCUCAACUAUCAACAAAUCAGGCAGAU